AUGGUAGAGGAGCUUGUUAACCAGCAUAAAAACGGGAUAUCUGGCCUUCCUCUAGUACCAGCUCCAUAUAAUUCAGAACUAGCCGUUAUGGAUCCAGACUGUCAUAGAAAAUUCAUGAGACUACAUCCUCCUACAUUUACUGGUACCAAGAAUUUUAUUGAAGCUGAAGGAUGGUUGAAAGAAAUUGAAAAGGCAUUCCGAGUUUUGGGCGUGACUUCUGAACAUAAAGUGAUUAUGGCCACGUACCUACUUGUGGGUGAAGCUGAUCAUUGGUGGAAAUUCAGACAGACCACCUUACCUAUUCCCAUCACCUGGGAGAGAUUUCGGAGGGCGUUCAACGCCAAGUACUUUCUAGCACAACUCCGACACCAAAAAGAGUUGAAGUUCAUACAGCUCACUCAGGAGAACUUGUUAGUGAUUGAAUAUGCUCGAAGAUUCACUGAGUUGACCCAUUUUGCUCCAGCCAUUUUGACUUAUGAAGGACAGAGGGCGAGAAAAUUUCAGUAG